GGACUCCGGUAAUAAAGGUUCGCCGGCGUUUUGAGGCUGUCGGCCGGAGCAUUGUCAAGUUUCUCGCCGGCAUUUCUGGCAGUCUCGGGUUAUGCUCAUGGACGAAAAGAUAGGAUGUCGACCAGAUCAAGCGUCGAAGUCCUGUCACCUGUGAGGCGAAUCCAGAAGGACGAGCUGCAGACGGUACGAGUUCAGUAGUAAUUUCUUAGAAGAAUCAAAGGAUCGUGCGUGUUUGAGAAUGUCUGCGUUGAGUGUGCUGGAUUUACCUCUCUCUGCAGCAGCUGCAGCAUUUGCAACUGGCGGUACUAGCUCUCGGGAGAAGCUUGCAUCGCGUGUGUCGUUCUCCACCUUCAUUUCAUCAGGUCGAUGCUCAGUUGGUACUAGACUUGCUUCGGGGAGAUGGAUACCGAACUCAACCAUCAGCCAAAGCAGUGUGCAGCCGCGAGCUGUUAGGGAAUUGACGGGUGACAUCCUGAAAGGAAAGGGUUUACGGAUUGCUGUGGUUGCAGCUCGCUUCAACGAGCUGAUAACCAGGCCGCUAUUGGCUGGUGCUCUUGAAACUUUUGCAAAGUAUGGCGUGAGGGACGAGGAUGUAGAUGUAGUUUGGGUCCCCGGAAGCUUUGAGAUUCCAGUGGUUACUCAAGGUCUAGCCAUGACCAAGAAGUACGACUCAAUUCUUACUAUAGGAGCUGUGAUACGGGGUGCAACCACCCACUAUGAUGCAGUUGCAAAUAACGCAGCAUCUGGCAUACUGUCAGCUAGUUUGAAUUCAGGAGUUCCGUGCAUAUUUGGAAUAUUGACAACAGAGAACAUGGACCAGGCAUUUGAUAGAGCCGGUGGAAAAGCCGGAAACAAAGGGGCUGAGACAGCUCUUACUGCGCUUGAAAUGGGCUCCCUGUUUAGACAUCAGAUAGCCGAAAUCUCAAGGUCGUGAAGGUGAACGUGAAGGAAUCAAAUUUUUGACAGAGAACAGAGCUUAACUGUGGUUGGUUUUUACAUGUAAAUCAGGCCCUGUAUUUACUACUUGGUAUCUUCUUUGGAGAUUGAAGCUCCUUGGGUUGCCAAGUCAUUCAUAAGCAGUAUAUAUCUGCUAUUAAGGAAUUCUUUUGUUUCAAUUUGAGGAGCCGUGAUGUAGUGCUACCAUGAUCUGGCCAUGGUAGCACUUUGUUCUUCC